GGGCAGAGCAUCACGAAUGAUAAGAGUGGGCAGAGCGUCAUGAAUGAUAAGUGUCGGCAGAGCGGCAUGUGGUUGAUUUUGCGUGGCCAAGAAUCCCAGAUCCACUGGGCUUCAGCUUCAGACGAUCCAUCGACAAUGGAGCUGCCUGACCUUGUUCUAAUGGCAGCUAGUAUCUUAGGCUUCAUUGCACUCUGUAAAACCCUCGUCAGGCUUGUGAGAUGGGCGUGGACGAUGUUCUUGAGACCUCCAAAGAAUCUGAAAGAAUAUGGCUCAUGGGCGCUCGUCACUGGCUCUACUGAUGGGAUUGGCAAAGCCAUGGCCUUUGAGUUGGCAUCAAAGGGUCUUAGCUUGGUGUUAGUGGGUCGAAACCCUUGUAAACUCGAGGCCGUGUCGAAUGAGAUACGGGAAAGGCAUGGCGAAGGAGUUGAAGUUAAAAAUAUUGUUAUAGACUUUGCAAAGCUUAGCGAGGAGGAGAUAGCAAGAAGGAUAGACGAAGGAAUAAAAGGGAUGGAUGUUGGUGUUUUGGUUAAUAAUGUGGGUUUGGCAUACCCUUACCCGAGGUUCUUUCAUGAGGUGAACUUAGAGUUGAUGGAGAGUGUUGGAAGAGUGAAUAUAGGUGGGACGACUUGGGUCACCAGAUCAGUGCUUCCAGGCAUGCUUAAGAAGAAAAAAGGGGCGAUUAUCAACAUUGGAUCCGCUUCUGUUUGGCUUCAAUCUUACCCUUUAGCCACCCUCUAUGCUGCUACCAAAGCGUACAUGGCAAUGUUCUCAAAAUCUAUCUCUAUGGAGUAUCGGCAGUAUGGAAUCGAUGUUCAGUGCCAGUUUCCAUUACUUGUGGCAACAAAGAUGACAUUGAUCAAGAGGUCUUCCUUACUCAUUCCAUCACCAGAGACAUUUAGCAAGGCAAGCAUACGGUGGUUUGGAUAUGAACAUGAAUGUACGCCCUAUUGGCCACAUUCUGUACAGUGGUACGUUUCAAGCCUACUGCCAAAUGCUCUAUUGGAUUGGUGUGUCCUCCGAUACUUUCUUGGAAUGCGAACGCGAGGACAAGCCAAGGAGCGGAAGAAAAGUAGGGUUAAUCAACAGGACCCAUGACUUGUGCAUUCCGUGCUUCUUGAAAUCGACGUUUGUAUUGAUUAUAUGGAAACAAAUGUCCAAAAUUGAUGGUUACUUCUAGGUUGUGCUAUCUUCUGUCUCCUUUGCAAUACUAUUAGAAGGUAAUGCUACUAAGAUGCCACAUUAGAGUAAUUAAAUGAUGAUGGAGAGUGCCGACUGCCGAAUACCUACAUUGUACUCUCCAAGAUGGGAGAAAUUCCACCACUGACUCCUUGAAUAAGAACCGUACCAUAAUUUAUUCUACACAACAACAUCUUUAUUGCUA